GGUAAAAGUAAAAAAAAAAUUCCACAAAAUUCUCCAAGUAGCCGUCCGUCCUAUGACUCCUAUCUCUCUCAUGUAUACAGCAAAUUCCUGGAGCCCGUAUAUACACGCCUCUUCCGCCCCCCUCCCUUGAUCAAGCGUUGAAACCUGAGAAACGCCAAAGCAGCAUGGGUGGCGGCAACGCUCAGAAAUCCAAGACGGCUCGCGAGAGAAAUCUCGAAAAGAACAAGGCCGCUAAAGGAAGCCAGUUGCAAUCUAACAAGAAGGCCAUGACUAUCCAGUGCAAAACAUGUAUGCAAACAUUUAUUUGCACAACAACAGAGGUGAAGUGCAGAGAGCAUGCCGAAGCAAGGCAUCCCAAGUUAGAAGCAGAGGAAUGUUUUCCCCAUCUCAAGUUAAAAGUAGAGAAAUGAACCGUUUCUGAAUGAUUUUAAGGGGGGGAAAGAUUCAUUUAAACAAAGCUGGUACUUGAUGCUUUUCGCCCAAAAGCAAGUUGCUGCUGUGUGUUCUUGUUUGUAUCUAUAGACUGCUGAAUUGGUUAGUGGGUGAUGGAAUUUGAACCUUGUUGCACAUCCACCCAAAGAAACUUAAUCUAAUAUAAUUAAGUUGAAUAGUAACCGGUUGUUUUAUAAUUUGACAACUUAGGUACAAGUGUCUAUUAACAAAAAGGUUGAAUCCAA